CUACUAAAAAGGAGUUUGAAUGCAUUGCAAAGGGAGAAUUCAACACUCAAGAUUUCUCCAAUGUUACCCUGGAUGAGGAGUGUUCAACCACAGUUGGUAACAUUUUUACAAAUGUUGCACUAAGAAGGUCCCUUCAAGUUGAGCUAUAUCAUCAAGACAUGUUUGAUCUUAUUGUUGCUGUAUUUAAACUGAAAGGAGAUAGUUAUUUGGUCUUUCGCCAUAGAAGAGAUCUUGAAACACUCUACAGUGAAACACUGGUAGCACAAAAUGACAUCGUGGAAAGAAGUGUACAUCUCCUGCUGGAGGAGCUUGCCAAGCGUAGUGAGGCCAAAGACUUUGUCAGGAAGAUUGCAAAGAUACAGAGAGACUCUGAGACACAGAGAGACUCUGGCUGGUACUGUAAGAAGUGCCUACAAAUCCUGCAUAGAAUGUGCAUUGGGAAUCCUGACGAAACAUUUGUUGUUACCAUGCCUCCCGAGUGUUGACAGUCUGAAACCAUCAAAAUAUUCAUCACACUUUGCCUGUAGCUUUGUACGUAAAACAAAAUAUUAAGGUUAACCAAUGAAUGAAAUUAAAUAGGCCGCACAAAAUAAAUGCUUCAAUUAACACCUAACCUAUGCUUCAACUUCAAUGCAUGCUUACAAUGAAUUUUGGAAGAUCUUAAAAUAUAAAUACGUCUUAUAAAAUUCUCUCCUAACCUCUCCUGUUAAAAUGUAAGGCUUGAAGAAACCAAAAAAACAUUACAUAAACCUCUCGCUCUUACUCACAGUUGAAUAAUUCGCAAACUUUGCUGCUGGCCACAAAUAUAAACAAAAUUCCCCUUGUUGGUAAUUGUUUAAUGUUUUAGUUAGUUUUGGUUUUCAAUCAUCUCAAAAAAUGCUU